GCAAAUGAGCCGCGAGUGCGCGCGCUGAUUGGCUGAAAGCAGCGCAGUCAGAUUCAGUGCAAAAACAUUAUCGGAUUGAAAAUCAGAGAGACGUAGACACACACACACACAUACACACAAACACCACACAGGGUUUAUGACUGGAGUUCACUGACAAAUUUGGCGAGCAAGAAGCAAGGGAAAAUUUGAAGCUUCACGAUGCCGCGCUCGUUUUUGGUCAAAAGCAAAAAGUCCUGGUCUUAUAAUGCGCACCGUUCCGUGGACGCGGGUCCAAACGAGGAACAAGCCAACACAGCUCCAGAACCUGCCCCAUCAGAACCAAAGGAGCCAGACUCUCCCAAGAGGAUGCCACUGGAUCUUGUGACAGAACCUGUUCACACAGACCCAUACUCUAAUGUGAAGCGGGAAAGCAAACUGGAGUGUCCCUUCCCGUUGCGCCCCGAGCAGUCAGUCAUAGCUGGCCAGCCUUAUUACAUUUCUGAGCCUCAGAUGGCAGAAUUCCCUCCCUACUAUAAGCCACCCUAUGCCUGGGAGACCCUGCCUUCUCCGUAUGACUUCAGGCAGCUGGGCUUCCACUCGUCCCUCCUACAGCACACAAGCAACCUCUAUGGGUCUGAAUUCAAGCAAAGCCCAGAAGAUCAACAGCCUCUGGAUUGCAGUACACACUACUCACCUACCUCCGAUACCUACCACUGCAUCACCUGUGACAAGGUGUUCUCAACUCCUCAUGGCCUGGAGGUCCACGUGAGACGUUCUCACAGCGGAACGCGACCCUUUGGUUGCAGCAUCUGCAGAAAAACCUUCGGUCAUGCCGUCAGCUUAGAGCAACACAUGAACAUCCACUCUCAGGAAAGAAGUUUCGAGUGCAAAAUGUGCGGGAAGACGUUCAAACGUUCCUCAACCCUGUCUACACACCUGCUGAUCCACUCAGACACUCGGCCAUACCCCUGCCAGUACUGUGGCAAGAGGUUUCAUCAAAAAUCCGACAUGAAGAAACAUACCUAUAUCCACACAGGUGAGAAGCCACACAAGUGCCAGGUGUGUGGCAAGGCGUUCAGCCAAAGCUCCAACCUCAUCACGCACAGCCGCAAACACACGGGCUUCAAGCCUUUUGGCUGCGAGAUCUGCUCCAAGGGCUUCCAGAGGAAAGUGGACCUCCGCAGACACCAUGAGAGCCAGCACGGCCUCAAGUGACCUAAAGUGAGGAAGGUGGACAACAGGCGGCAAGAAGGCCAGGACAGU